GUAGGGCGGGCCUAGGGGCGGGGCAGAGGCCACACUUCCCUCCUGAACAGGAUUAAGUUCCCAGACCAGUUUCUGUUCCCUCAUCUCAACGCAGAACCUGCACCAUGGUGAUGACUUUAGGUUACUGGGACCUCCGCGGGCUGGCUCACUCCAUCCGCCUGCUCCUGGAAUACACAGACUCCAAGUAUGAGGAAAAGAGAUACAAGCUAGGAGAUGCUCCAGACUAUGACAGAAGCCAGUGGCUGAAUGAAAAGUUCAAGCUGGGUCUGGACUUCCCCAAUCUGCCCUACCUGACUGAUGGGACUCACAGGGUGACACAGAGCAACGCCAUCCUGCGCUACAUUGCCCGCAAGCACAACCUGUGUGGGGAGACAGAAGAGGAGAAGAUUCGUGUGGACAUUGUAGAGAACCAGGUUAUGGACACACGAAUGCAACUGGCCAGGAUCUGCUACAGCCCUGACUUUGAGAAACUGAAGCCUGAGUUCUUGGAAGGGCUUCCUGAGAAGAUGAAGCAGUACUCAGAGUUCCUGGGGAAGAGGCCAUGGUUUGCAGGGGACAAGAUCACUUUUGUGGAUUUUCUGGUUUAUGACCUCCUGGACCAGCACAGCAUAUUCCAGCCCAAUUGCCUGGAUACCUUCCCGAACCUCAAGGAGUUUCUGGCCCGCUUUGAGGCCCUAGCAAAGAUCUCUGCCUACAUGAAGUCCAGCCGCUUCCUUCGUGGGCCACUGUUUGGAACAAUGGCUUCAUGGAACAGCAAAUAGUCAGAGAAGGAGCAGCUUUGAAUUUGCUGCACUGGAGCUAUGAGGUCAAAGUGACCCUCCUGCACCCCUGGUUCUCCUCUCUGGCUCUUUUUUUCCAUUCAUUUCUUUCUUACUUGCUGUGAAAUGAUUUGUUCUUUCCCUUCCUCUUGUGUUUGUCUAUUCCUUAAAGCAUUACACAUCCCAGUUCUAUUCAGUAAUGUCUUCAAAUUAACUUCUUACCUUUAAGUCCUGCAGACCGUUCUUCCUUCAGUGUUUCCUUGGCUGUGAGGUGCCUGACUGGGCCCAGGGUCCAUGGAGCACAGUCCUGAUCUCUCAGCCCUGAAGAUUUGGAUGCCUAGUGGACGGGCCUUGCUUUCAUCAUGCCCCCUGCCUGACCCUGCCUGAUUUGUAGUAAAACAUCAGCCACA